AUCAUCCAAGGCACAUACUUUAACUUAACUGUCUGAGGAUAAAACUACAGUCCCUAUAAUGCCCCCGCUUCUUGGGCUCUCAUGAUAGAACAGAUCCACAAAUCCCUCACUUCUUUGUACUGCUAUUAACAUUUCAUAAACAGCAAUUCAUUAAAACUACCAAAGAAACUUGCUUCACCAUUAAAAAUAAAGAAAUCUGCCAAACAGAUGACUUUAUAAAAGCCAAAAGAGUUCAAAUAUAGUGCUUGGAGGUUGUGACUCAACCACUGAAUGUUCCUCUGUCAGCAUGUUUACUCAGUGUUGUGGAGCACACUUAAAGACAGGACUCCUGGGGAGAGCUGUUGGUACCAAAGCAGACUUUGUUAGAUAUUCUUAGAUCAGAUCAUCACUGGAUUAAAUUAGAAUUGUGUUAUUUUUAACUACUGGACUGCUUGUCUACAUUUGAACAGUGGCUUGAUUUGGUUUUAAAAAAUAAAAAGAUUCCUCAAAGCAAAAGAGUUGAUUUGAUAACCUAACAUGCAGCUGCAUCGCUGAGAAAUAAAACACCCGUCCCUGCUGCUGGGGUUUGCUUUGGCUCUGAGCGACAACGCCAACAAACCAGUGCACAGAUUCAUCUCGACCACUAAUGCAUACUGUGUUGAAUGACAGCUACAACAUGUGCCCAUUACAGUUUUCAUUUCAAGCCAAUGGCUGGGGAGCGGAACUUGCCCACAAGCUUGCGAGAAAGUGUGAUGUUGUAAACAGAGGACUGUCGGGCUACAACUCCAGAUGGGGCAAAAUCCUUCUUCCUCGCAUCAUCAACACUCAGAACUCAGCAGACAACAACAUAGCUGCUGUCACUGUCUUCUUUGGAGCCAACGACAGUGCACUAAAAGAUGAAAACCCCCAGCAGCACGUCCCUGUUCAGGAGUACUCAGAGAACCUGAAGGAGAUCACCAGGCUUCUGGCUUCAGCCGGAGUUUCAGCAGACAGAGUGAUCUUCAUCACCCCUCCGCCUCUUCACGAGGCAGCCUGGGAGAAGGAGUGCAUUUUGAAAGGAUGUUCUCUCAAUCGUCACAACUCUGUAGCGGGGCUGUAUGCGCAGGCUUGUGUGCAUGCCGCCGGUCAGUGUGGCUCAGAUGUGCUGGACCUGUGGACACUCAUGCAGAAGGACGGGCAGGACUUCACAGCAUACCUGUCCGACGGGCUGCAUCUCUCAGAAAAGGGAAACCAAUUUGUGGCUCAGCACCUGUGGGGACUGCUGGAGAGUCGCGUGGCCGACCUGCCCUUCAUCCUGCCCUACUGGGGAGACAUCGACGCCAAGAGCCCUGAGAGCAGCCUCCUCUGUGAGCAGUGAAGCCUUACAGAACAUCUGGAAAGUCUAUUUAAAAAACUCACUAGUAUUUGUGUGUUGCACUUAAAUACAAAUCAAAUGCGAGACUGUGUAUUCUGUUUAAAAUGCACAAUAAAGAUUUUUAUUUUAA